AGACAAUCUAAGUAUGUAGCUCAUAUAUCUACGAAAUAUUGAAGACAGUUGUAGUGAGUAAAUCAUUAAAAAUAUACUACUAUUUUUCAAAAUAAGACUCUUUUUAUUGUUAUUCUUUUUUCGCAUAAUUUAUUUAAAGAAGUUAUAAUUUGAUAAAAUGACAACAACUGUUGUAUUUAAUACGUAACAAUAAUUAAGGACGUGUUCUUGUUUAUAGUAAAAAUAAAUGAUUAUAAUGUUUCCGUUACAAAUGAUUAUUUGUGUAAUAAUUUUUGUGGCUUAUUCAUUAGAAUUGGAUUAUUCUAAAAUACAGGGUUUUAAUACCAACUUAGAAGAAGCUGUACAGUUUUUAAAAGAAUGGGAAAGUGAAGCUGCAGAAAUUUGUUUUAAAGUAACAAGUGCUCAAUGGACGUACGCAAAUAAUAUUACAGAGCAUAAUAAAAAAUACAUGGUUUGUUUAAUUAAAUUAUGUAAGAGAGGACAACAGAUGAGAGGAAAUAAAAAAUUUCAAUACGGAGAAGGCCUAAGAAAUAAAGUGUUUGAUACCAGCCGGACAACUUGUGCGGUAGCUGUUUCACCUGUCAUGUGUACAGGUCUACCCAACGCUUGUAGUGUCAACGGUGUAGGGACAUCACCACUUAACUCUAGGCUGAACUCGUANAAAUUUAAUAGAGCAUCUUGGCGAAAAGCGUCGAAUUUUAUGUGGACGAGAAUAUCUGAUACGGAUGUACAGCGGCAGUUAAAACUAUUGGCAUUUAAAGGGCCAUCAAAUUUACCAGAUACUAAACUAUAUGAGAUCAGUUUGCUUCUUAAUGAAAUGAAGGACAUCUAUACUAAAACAAAAAUUUGUCCAUUUAAUUAUCAUUUGACUUCCUAUUGCGAACUUAAACUUGAGCCUGAUUUAGUUAAAAUUAUGGCUAAUUCAAGAGAUUAUGAAGAGUUAUUGUACACUUGGAAAACCUGGAGAGAUAGCAUUGGUCAUAAAAUUCGAAAAAAAUAUAUAACUUACGUCAAUUUAGUGAAUGAAGCAGCACGAUCAAUAGGGUUUGAAGAUGCUGGUGAUCAACAAAUAUCAUUUUACGAGGAUACAAAUUUUAAACAGGAGAUUGAAAAUAUAUGGGUAGCUUUAGAACCUUUAUACAAACAAUUACAUGCCUAUGUCCGAAGAAAGCUAAUAGCGCAUUAUGGAAAUCGAAGGGUUAGACCGGAUGGUCCUAUUCCUGCACAUCUUUUAGGUAAUAUGUGGGCGCAGAACUGGAAAAAUAUUAUAGAUUUAGUUAUGCCGUAUCCAGGUAAAAGACGAGUCGAUGUAACAGGAGAAAUGCUACGUCAAGGCUACACUCCUUUAAAGAUGUUCCAUAUGGCAGAAGAAUUUUUCACAUCAUUGGGCUUAAAGGCAAUGCCAAUUCAAUUUUGGCAUAAUUCAGUAUUUGAAAGACCAUUUAAUCGUCCUAUAUCAUGUAAAGCAUCUGCUUGGGAUUUUUGCGAUAAACAUGAUUUUAGAAUAAAACAAUGUACAGAUAUUACGAUGGAUGAUUUAUUCACUGUACAUCAUGAAAUGACACAUAUUCAAUACUAUCUUCAUUAUGCUAAUAAGCCUCUUCUUUUUAGAGAUGGUGCUAAUCCAGGAUUUCAUGAAGCUCUGAGUGAUACCAUUGUUCUUUCAGUAUCAAAUCCUCGUCAUUUAUACAGAAUAGGACUUUUAAAUAAUAUUACAGAUGAUUUCGAAGCACAAAUAAACUUUUUAAUAGAAAUAGCAUUAGAUAAGAUAGCAUAUUUACCAUUCGCGUAUUCAGUUGACUUAUGGCGAUGGAGUGUUUUUUCUAAAGGAACAAAUAGCUUAAAUGCGAGAUGGUGGGAUUUAAAAUUGUUAUACCAAGGUAUUAUUCCACCAGUACCAAGAGACGAAACAAACUUUGAUCCAAGUUCAAAGUAUCAUAUAAUUGCUGAUACUCCAUACAUAAAAUAUUUUGUAAGUAUUGUUCUCCAAUUUCAAAUGCAUAAUGCAUUAUGUACUGCAGCCGGACACAUAGGACCUCUGCAUAAAUGUGAUAUUUACAGAUCUAAAGAAGCUGGUCGUUUAUUAAGUGAAAUUAUGUCUUUGGGAUAUUCAAAACCAUGGCCUCAAGUUAUUAAAAUUCUUACUGCCGGAAGAACCAGUGCUUUAGAUGCCAAACCACUAAUAGAAUAUUUUAAACCACUUACACAAUGGCUAAUAAAUGAAAACAAAGAAGAAAAAAUUGGAUGGAGUAGAUCAAAUGAAGAUAUUGCACUUUUUGAAUCAUUAUCAAAAGGAAGUAAUCAGCAUACAAUGAACAAAUACUUAGUUGUUUUAUUAAUAAUACAAUUUCUCCUGAAACUAAACUACUUGAAAAUAUAAGAAAAAUAAUUUUAAUAUUUUAUGAAUAAGUGUUAUAGUUACAAAUGUUUUUAUAACAAAACUCUGUUUUAUUUCAUUGAUAAUUUUAUUUUCAUAUAUU